UGUUUACUUCCAUCUUCCAUGCAACCAAAAUUUGGGGACCGCAACUUCGACCUUUAAGAAUCGCGCUCUUAUCCCCCCAAAAUACUAAUAACCCUACAACUUGAAGGUUGUAACUUCUUCUUCGUUUAGGCUACUUCAAGGUUUGCCUGUAACUCUUCAAACAUUUUGCCGUUUGAUUAUUCUGUUUCAUCUGCGCGCACAGCAGUGUUGGAGGACGCAUAUCCACUCCGACAAGCAACAAGCGACAAGCGACGGGAGCGUCUUUACUCCCCCCCCCCCCUCCUCACGCGACAGCAUACAUUUUCGGCCAGCCGAUACCUAAUCUCACGCUGCCUCUUCAUUUCUUCUCAUACGCAUAACCGUCUAGAAUCUGCGCUAGCUCCUGUGCCCAAUAAGCUGCACGAUUAGAAGGCCAUCAUUCCGAACCCUACCAUAAGACUUAAUUGCUUCGCUAGCCAUAAUGCCCAUGAAUAUUGAUGUUACGCGUCGCAACAAGGCGCCUCGCCCUCUGAGCGACGAUGAGCGCGCGCGCCUCGAGGAAUUCAUCGACUCGAUCCAUUAUUCUGCUCGCUACUCGGACAGCGAAUACGAAUACCGUCAUGUUCAGCUGCCGAAAGCUAUGCUAAAGGCCAUUCCCAAAGACUACCACGACCCAUCCAAGGGCACAUUGAAGCUACUAUGGGAAGAUGAGUGGCGUGCGAUCGGUAUUACCCAGAGCCUAGGCUGGGAGCACUAUGAAGUCCACGAACCCGAGCCGCACAUCUUACUAUUCAAGCGACCUCUCAAUUAUCAAGCACCUCAGUGAUCUAUGAACAAUCCAAAUAUGAACGCUGACCUAUUACCUCGUGAGGGGUUUGACUAUCGUUGUAAAUUAUUCUUGAUACGCCCAUCCACUGCACAGCGACAUAUGCAUAUGUUGGAGGAUAAUGCUAAGCGACGAUUUAUGGCCGUU